CGGAGACAGUUCAGGGUUUAGAAUUCCAGUGCAUGCUUUUGGGUUUGGUGUGGAUCAUGAUGCUUCAUCAAUGCAUUCGAUAUCAGAGAUUUCAGGACGGACCUUUUCUUUUGUUGAGACAGAAGAUAUAAUACAGGAUGCAUUUGCUCAAUGCAUUGGUGGGCUCCUCAGUGUCGUAGUCAAGGAUCUGCAUGUAAGCAUCGAGUGUCUUCAAAUAGGAGUCCAGCUUGGCUCUGUGAAAGCUGGAAGCUAUCCAAACCGUUUAAUGUCUGAUAGACGGAUGGGAUCAAUUGAUGUUGGAGAUCUAUAUGCCGAUGAAGAAAGGGACUUUCUGGUUUCAAUCAAUAUCCCCGCCGAAUCAUUGAGCCCAGAAAAUUCACUUUUGAAGGUUAAGUGUGUCUAUGUGGAUCCUUUGACGAAACAAACAGUUACCCUCAGAAGUGAAGAACUUAAAAUAAAGAGACCUGAAAAGGUUGUACAAGAGCGUGUUUCAAUCGAAGUAGACAGGCAGCAGAACAGACUCCGAGCAGCUGAAGCAAUGGCUCAGGCGCGAGCAGCUGCUGAGAAAGGAGACCUGGUUGGUGCAAGUUCCAUCCUAGAAAACUGCCGAAAGUUGUUGGCUGAGUCAGUGUCGGCUAAAUCUCAAGACCGGCUCUGUAUUGCACUUGAUGCUGAGCUCAAGGAGAUGCAGGAGAGAAUGGCAAGCAGACAUGUAUAUGAAGCAUCAGGAAGNUUCAGGCUACAUUACUUGCGGUUGUUGCCAAAUGUUAAAAUUAGAACCCCACGUGGAUGGACAGAUGUGUACCAGCGGUUGUUGCCAAAUGUUAAAAUUAGAACCCCACGUGGAUGGACAGAUGUGUACCAGCGGUUGUUGCCAAAUGUUAAAAUUAGAACCCCACGUGGAUGGACAGAUGUGUACCAGCGGUUGUUGCCAAAUGUUAAAAUUAGAACCCCACGUGGAUGGACUGAAUAUCAUUGA